UCUGAGCUUCUGAGCACUCUUUCGAGACCAACACUCAGGAAUCGAUGCGGCAAAACAAUCUUACGGAAGGGUCGACACACACCCCGGCGGGUGUGUCAGACGGCCAGCUGCAUCUCCAAUCUACCGGACUGUACAUUCCGUCUCCAGCGGACGCUUCAGACAUUGCGGGACGAUCCCCUGAGAAGACGACAGAGUCGCUUUUGAAUGAGACUCGGAAUCGGAUCGUCGCAUCUCCUUCGUUCGAACAGACAGUCACGGAUUCACCGUCGGUCGAUGUGUUUCUCACGGGCAACGAGACCGGGGAAAAUGAGGAGAUUAUGCGCUCGGUGCGAAGAACCCUUUCUGCCGACCCGGAAGGCAUUCACAUCAUAGACGAUACGUGCCCGAGUCGGACAACUCCGGCCAGCCAAUUGCAGACUAUGGCGGAGCUGCUUCAACGUCACCAAAUGGAACAGAUGGAGAAGAACAAGCGUAUAGAGGAGCUGGGAGACAUAUCCAUGCGGUCAUCCUCGCAGGAGUCAGCUCGGGACCGUAUUGAUACCGCACAGGCUGCAGACCUCGUCUCGGACAGGUCGAUCACGCUGCAGGAUCAGGAGGAAGCUCAGGCUGGACCUUCUACAGCCGACGAGUUCAUGACUGGAGGUCAUCCUUUGACUAUUGUCGCAGCAUCACCGAAAUCCGGGGAAGAGGCGAAACAUCCGUCUGCUACCGUUCUAGGCAAACGCAAAGAAAGAUCUCAUAGCAGCAGCAUCUCAGGCUCUGCGGAGAUACUCCUAGCCGGACAUCUGGCUCCUGAUGGAUCCGUUGAUUUGCCUCGCGAUGAGGCGGACAAUCUCGCUCACGAUGAAGCAGGGGAAGGGUCGAUCCCGCCCGACAACGACGGAAAAAGGCGCAGGCAAGGUCGCAAACGGAAACCUCCUGCAGAACCGAUUGCCAAAGCCAGCAAAGGAAGACGUAUCAGUAGGGUUCCCGUUACACUGCCGACGCAGCGAUUCAAAUGUGAAUCUCGAAGGAGGUGGAAGAGUCUCGAGCCAUACGUCACGAUGAUGAAGAUGCUUCUGAAGACAACGAUGGGUGACGGUUGGCAAAUUAUGGCCGACGUUCUGGCCAAGGUCAGUCCGGCGGAGGAGCAAAAGGAUAUCAGGCGCAUCAAACAAACCUGGGCAAACGAAUACACUCGUCUAAAGACCAAAGCUGCGACGGGUCGUUUGGUAACCCUGCAGCAUCUGAACAGCUCUUGGCCAUGGAGCCUCGAGGAGAAGAAGCAGUUAUGGACAACCGGCAUCGACCUCUGCAUUGACAAAGCUAAUUGGGAUCUGGUCACGGCGGAGGUGAACAAUAGCGCGAAGGCUAGCGGCGAGCCCGAAGUCACCUCAGAGGAAUGUCGGGCAGAAUGGGAUAACGUACUGAGGUAUGAAUAUACGGACGAGGUUCCACACGACCUGGAGCCUGCUUACGGCCCAUCACUCGUCGACUCAUUGGCCACGGAUAAGCAGGCCGGCUCGAGCCGUGUCUCCUCUCAUCAGGCAUCGCCUGCGGGCCCGGACAACGCAGGUGAACAACCUUCCGCCAUAUUAAACCUGGCACAAAGUGAGACCGGCCCAUCCUCGAUACUGGACGACCGAUCGACCUAUCAGUUUGCGCUCAAUGACUAUGUCAAUGCGGACCUCUCAAUCACGAGGCUUGGAGAUAUCUUCGUCGGGGGCACGACCGAUGUCAUGCCAGUAAACAGGCCGGUGCAGGUCCAGCCCGCUCGGUCUGGUGAUGUCGGCGUCGAAGACGACGCGUCUAUAAUCCGCGAGGCGGGACCUGCCGCCGCAAUGAUGGACGAUCAAGCGGAUAACCAAAGUUUCGCGAUGAGGGUUCAAGAUGAAAGCCACGGUUCUCGACAGGCGGACCAGCAGGGUGAUGCCGAGGCUUCGUUCGUGAAGGGGAUCGAGAUGGAAGAUGUAUCUGACGACGUCGCCAAGCUGUUGAAUCGGAGCUAGCUCGAGAGGUCAAUCCAGGCGAAGCUCCUCCCUUGGUCGUGAUCCAACCCGCGUGGUCCGGAGAAGACGGGUCGACGACGCUGGUCAGAGGAAAGAGAUGAAUUCUGGCCCUUAUGAAAAUGUACAACUGUGACACCAAGGAAGCGUUU